AAUACAUGUUACACAUACUCCUCAGUGGAACUGUCCUGCCGGAGUAAAGGAUCACAUGUUGUCCUACAGCAGAGCAGGUAGACACACAGGAAGAGAGGGAAACAUGGUUUUUACGACCCUGCUCUGUCUGCUGUUACUGCGGCCUGGCCUCAGCGCUCUAAUGAGAUCUCCAUUGGUUGAGAAGCUCUUUCAUCACUCCUACAGUCCAAGAGGCACAUUUUAUUCUUCUCCUGAUGCCUCUGAGGGCGUGCGGCUGCGUCGCUCAGCAGCGAUGCCUGAUAUCACCCACCUAGAGCUGCUGGUGGUGGUUGGACCCGAUGUCCAGCAGGUCCACAAGCAGGAUACAGAGAAAUACAUCCUCACCAAUCUCAAUAUUGCGUCAGAGCUGCUGAGAGACAUGACCCUGGGCGCCAACAUGCGCGUGCACCUGGUCCGCAUGAUCAUCCUGUCGGAGCCCGAGCCAGAGAUCCAAAUGUCUACCAACAUCAUGUCAUCUCUCAGAAGUGUGUGCGACUGGAGCAGGAGGAUAAACCCCUCCAACGACACAGACCCACUUCAUGCUGACCUGUUGUUAUACAUCACAAGGUACGACCUGGUGUUGCCUGAUGGGAACAAGCUGGUCAGAGGAGUAACACAGCUGGGCGGGGCUUGCUCCAGUGAAUGGAGCUGUGUGAUUACAGAAGAUACAGGCUUUGACCUGGGCAUAACCAUUGCUCAUGAAAUCGGCCACAGUUUGGGUAUCAACCACGAUGGAGUGGGGAACACCUGCAGCAGGAGUGGCUUCAUGAUGGCCUCUGAUGGAGGCUACAACAGUGUGGAUCUGACCUGGUCUCCCUGCAGCAGACAGCAGCUGCUCUCGUUCUUCAGUGAAGGGAAGGCUACAUGUGUGACAGACCUGCCUGCAAUGGGAGGCUCCCUGCAAGACUGGAAGCCUGGUCUGUACUAUGGAGUUGAUGACCAGUGCAGAAUAGCCUUUGGUAGCACUGCCAGAGCCUGCUCUUUCACCAAUCCUGACCUGCCAGCCUGUCGUGUUCUGUCCUGUCACAUCAACCCUGACGAUAACAGCUCCUGCAAACGUCUCCUGGUCCCACUGCUGGACGGGACAGAGUGUGCACCAAGCCAGUGGUGUCUGAAGGGCCGCUGUGUGUCCCCCGAUGAGCUCAGCUCCUCUGUGGUGGUGCAUGGCUCCUGGUCCAGCUGGUCCCAGUUCUCCCACUGUUCACGGACAUGUGGUGGAGGAGUCACUCAUCGCACACGGCAAUGCAACAACCCCAGACCUGCUUUUGGAGGGAGUGACUGUCAGGGUCUGGAUAUCGAGGCUGAACUUUGUCACCAGCAGCCAUGUAAGGGCACCCAGCUAGAUUUCAUGGCAGAACAGUGUUCGAUGACAGACCUCCAGCCGCUCUACCUGCUCCCAAACACUGCCUCCUUCUACACAUGGAUCCCUGCUGUAGGCUUUGCACAAGGGGAUGAGCAGUGCAGAUUCAUGUGCCAGUCAGACGGAGAGAACUUCAUGGUGAGCCGUGGCUCUCAGUUUGUGGAUGGGACUCGCUGUGAGUCAGACAGUCCGCCUCCCUUCGGCUCUACGGCUGCUUGUCUGAGAGGGAAAUGCCAGCUGUUUGGCUGUGACGGUGCGCUGCAUUCUGGGAAAGUGUGGGAUGUGUGCGGGGUGUGCGGUGGAAAUGGAUCAUCCUGCACUUUGACCUUGGACUCCUACAAUGCUGGUCAGGCCAGAGAUUACACCACCUUCCUCUCUGUGCCAGUGAACGCCACACAGGUUCAUAUUGUAAACAGGGCACCGCUCUUCACUCACAUGGCUGUAAAGGUUGGGGGUCGGUACGUUGUCUCUGGAUCCGGCAGCAUUGCACUGAAUACGACCCACCCCUCCCCAGUGGAUGACAACCACCUAGAAUAUCGUCUUCACCUGACCCCUGACUUUUUGCCUGUGACAGAGGAGCUGCUGCUGCCUGGUCCGCUGCAACAGGAGAUAAUCGUACAGGUCUAUCGCAAAUAUGGAAAAGAAUAUGGUGAGAGGACAAAUCCAAACAUUAGUUACCAGUUCUAUCUUCCCACCACAAACAGUUACUCGACAGGCGUCACACCUAAAGGCAAAUGGGUUGUCUUUACAACACCCUGCUCUGUCUCCUGUGGAUCUGGUGUACAGACACAUGUAUAUGUCUGUGCAGAUGAAGAUAGCAACAGCCAUUUGGAGGAACACAACUGUGAGACGCCUACGUCACCUGUACCACUCCAGACAAUCUGUCAGCUCUCACCCUGUCCCCCCUGGUGGGAUACAGGGAAAUUUGGGCCCUGUAGUGCCUCUUGUGGUGGAGGAGAGAGGGUGCGUCUUCUGAGAUGUGUUCAGAAACAAGGAGCUGAUGUGAUGACUGUUCCAGAUUCUGAAUGUUCCCCUGACACAGCGCCACCUGCUGUGGAAAGAUGUAACCGACAAUACUGUCCUGCCAGAUGGCGUGUGUCCGAACCAGGGGAAUGUUCAGCAGUGUGCGGCCCUGGAGAAGCCAAACUGGCCGUGUCAUGCGUCCGUCCAGAAGCUGGUCAGGAUGUUGAAGUGGAUCACAGCUUCUGUUCAAAGCAGAUCAAACCUCCUGAUUCUGUGCCAUGUGUGGUGGACGUUUGUCCCAUCGGGUGGGAAAGUGAGGGAGAGGCCCAGCCCGUGCUGAAGUCUGGUUUGCUGCCCCGCUCCAGACAAGCUCCUGUGUAUGUUUGGAGCCCUUCAGUCAGCCAGUGCUCAAAGACCUGUGGCAAUGGAACCCUGCAGGUGUGGUUUUCCUGUCUGGACCACCAGAGCAGACUGGGGGUGCCUGACUUCCACUGUGAUGCUUCUUCCCAACCUUCUCCCCAGUCUGAGAUCUGCAGCUCCUCUCCCUGCCCUCCCAUGUGGCGCUCUAAGCAAGGAGUCUGCAGUGUAACAUGUGGAGGAGGGGUGGCCAACAGGGUGCAGUACUGUGCUCUGGAAACAGGAGGAGGGGAGGAGGAGGAGGAGGAGGUAGUGGAAGAUUCAGAGUGUAGUGAGUCUCUCAAACCCACAGCAGUGGUUUCAUGUAACACCCACAGCUGCCCGGCAAGGUGGAAGGUGUUCGGGAGGUCCCCCUGCUCUGUGACCUGCGGUUUGGGUGUAGCUCAGAGGACUGUGUCCUGUGUCCAGUUUGUCGACGGCAAGGAGAGUGUGGUGCCAGAGGAAAACUGCCAUGAGGUGGUCAAACCAGCCACCAUGGUGCCCUGCCUGGUGCAAAUCUGCAUCCUUAGGUGGGAGGUGAAGUCUUGGAGCCAGUGUUCAGUACCUUGCGGAUAUGGGAUCCAGUCUCGAGCUGUGUCCUGCCUGGGUCCUUCCACGCCCGAGCCCCUCAGCCCUCUGCUUUGCAUGCAUAUGCCCAAACCCAUCACCAUCCAGGGCUGCAACAUGGGCAGCUGCAGAGAUGUGCUGCCCACCGCCGCUGCAACGCAGGCUGUCCCAAUGGUUGACCUCACAGAGGGGCCUCUGCUGUCUCCCACAUAUCCAACAGAGGCCAUAGCUUUCCCACACACCACCACAGCAGCCACCCCAACACCUAGAGGUGCAUGUGGACAGCUUCUCCUGGAGGAAUCAGGCACAGUGGAUUUGAAAAACGUAACUGCCCGCUGCACAGUGUCCAUAGGUCGACCUCUGGAUGAGGUUAUUCACAUUAGAGUGGAAUCUAGCUCCCUGAAUUGCAGAAAAAAGGAGUAUGUGGCAUUUUAUGACCGAUUGGCAUUUGUGAGGAAGUGUGCGCAGGUUGCAGGUAGUGAGCUGACUACUAGAACCAACGUCCUGCUGGUUCGUCAAAAUAUGCUCACUCCUGGAGGUGGAAUUGUGUUCAGCUACACCUCAAAGAAAAACCUGAAGAGGAGCCACCAUCAGGACUGUGACAUUCAGCUGUUCUCCCCCAGCGGUGACUUUGAGAACCCGACGACGUCCAGCACCAACCACACCUGUCGAGUGCUCAUCAACGCCCCUCCCUCUGUGAAGAUCAGAGUCCAAGCACUGCACAUAGGAUUAGCAUUCAACACCACCAACUCGCAGUCUACAUACAUUAUGAUCCGGGACAUGGACAUCUUAAAGACCAACGUGUUUAAAGGUCAACAGCUGUUUCUGUGGCAUUCCUCUGGAAAUAUGGCAGAGAUUGAGUUCCAUGGAGACUACCUGCAUUCUAAGGGAAGCUUUAGAGCGGAAUAUUCCUUUAUAAGUCCCAAAUAUUAAUUUAUAAUAAAUACCUGGAGGAACA